ACCAGCUGAUUAGUGUAAACAUCCAAAGACCAAAGCGAAGAAAAUUGGUUUUGUGAACAUCAAUAACAAACUAAACGUUUUUUAUUAGCAACCUGGGGUAUUUGAGAUUUUCAUUCUUACAAAAUGUCUUCCACAUCAUCUGCUCCGCCACAAAUUAAACGUUAUAGACGUGAAGAGGAGGAGAAGUCGUCUGGGGCGGAAGAGGAUGAUGACAACUACGUUCCCUAUGUACCGGUCAAGGAGCGCAAAAAGAAGCAGCUUAUGAAAUUGGGGCGAAUUGUUCAAUUGACUGCAGAAGAUGCUAAACCCAAAUCAUCGAGCGAAAAUGAAAAUGAUGAUGAUUCACAAAAUGCCACCGAUCCGGAGAUAUGGGGACGCAAAUACAAUAUCAGUUUGUUGGACCAGCAUACAGAACUAAAAAAAAUUGCGGAGGCUAAAAAGAUCAGUGAUGUUGAGAAGCAACUUAAGGAAGAAGAGAAAAUUCUGGAAAGUGUACAACAGCAGAAAGCUCUGAUGGGUGUAGCUGAAUUGGCCAAAGGCAUACAAUAUGAGGAGCCCAUUAAGACAAGCUGGAAACCGCCACGUUACAUCAUGGAAAUGUCGGAGCAAAAGCGCAAUGCCAUACGAAAACGCUUGAGAAUAUUGGUAGAGGGUGUUGAUGCGGCGCCUCCAAUUCGCAGUUUUAAAGAAAUGAAAUUUCCCAAGGGCAUUCUUAAUGGUCUAGCUGCUAAGGGCAUAAAGAAGCCUACUCCUAUACAAGUUCAAGGUAUUCCAACCGUCUUAUCGGGCCGCGAUUUGAUCGGCAUAGCCUUUACUGGAUCGGGGAAGACAAUGGUAUUCGUGCUGCCCAUUAUAAUGUUUGCCCUGGAGCAGGAGUACCGUUUACCUUUUACUAGAAAUGAGGGACCCUACGGCUUGAUCAUAUGCCCUUCCCGAGAAUUGGCCAAGCAAACAAAUGAUAUUAUUACGCAUUACAGCAAGCAUUUGCAACAAACCGGAAUGCCAGAAAUUCGUUCUUGUUUAGCAAUUGGAGGCAUUCCAGUUUCCGAGGCAAUAGACGUAAUAGCAAAAGGAGUACACAUUAUGGUUGCAACACCAGGGCGACUUAUGGAUAUGCUGGAAAAGAAAAUCGUGACCUUAGACAUAUGCCGAUAUCUGUGCAUGGACGAAGCUGAUCGCAUGAUUGAUAUGGGCUUCGAAGAAGAUGUUCGAACGAUAUUCUCGUUUUUCAAAGCCCAGCGUCAGACACUACUUUUCUCGGCUACUAUGCCUAAAAAAAUUCAAAACUUUGCUAUAUCCGCUUUGGUAAAACCUGUCACCAUAAAUGUGGGCAGAGCUGGCGCUGCAUCAAUGAAUGUCACCCAAGAGGUUGAAUAUGUCAAGCAAGAGGCCAAAGUUGUUUACCUACUCGAAUGCUUACAGAAAACAGCACCUCCGGUUUUGAUUUUCGCCGAAAAGAAACAAGACGUUGAUUGCAUUCACGAGUAUUUGCUGUUGAAAGGUGUAGAAGCCGUAGCCAUACAUGGCGGCAAAGACCAAGAGGAACGUUCUCGUGCAGUCGAGGCCUACAGAGAUAGUCAGAAAGACGUCCUGGUGGCAACAGACGUUGCAUCCAAAGGUUUGGAUUUUCCAAAUGUGCAGCAUGUAAUUAAUUUCGACAUGCCCGAAGAUAUAGAAAAUUACGUACAUCGCAUUGGUCGUACGGGUCGUUCGAACACUAAAGGUUUGGCGACAACGUUUGUUAAUAAGACGACUGAUCCUUCCGUACUUUUGGAUUUGAAACACCUGCUGAUAGAGGCUAAACAAAAUGUCCCGGAUUUUCUAUUGGAAUUGUGCCCGGAAUCAGAACAGUAUUUGGAUCUUGGGGACUCACAUGGUUGCAGUUAUUGUGGUGGCUUGGGCCAUCGUAUUACCGAAUGUCCCAAGUUGGAGGCUAUACAAAGCAAGCAGGCCUCAAAUAUUGGACGACGGGAUUACCUAUCCAAUACAGCAGCAGAUUAUUAAGAAUUAUUUUUACAAAUAUUUUAGGAUUAACUUAAACUUGUAUUGUGUAUGUUUUAUUUUAACGAAUAUAAAAGAGAUACAGAAUAGCGGAAAGUUCUGUAAGUUUUAUGAACAUUAAA